AUGUCGUCAACCUCAUCGGUAAGCGGAUUUGGGCCCACCUUGGAGGUCACGCAUAAUCGCCGAAUGGCGGGUUCACCGGCCUCGCAGCGCACGACAGAGGACACGGAGGCCAAGGAUGCAGGAGGGCGCAGUAGCUCAUCUAGUUCUACAAUUAGUGGCGCUAGUGAGUCUUCCUCAUCGGAGGGGGCCAAAAAUCAACAGAGUGGACAGAGGGCCUCGCAAGAGGGUCGUGCUGCAGACCAGGACCAUUUACUUGAAGCUGUUCGCAUCAUGAAGGAGAAUUCUAUUGGCAGAAUGGUGGCGACUACUGAAGAAGGAGGCCCUGAUGAUGAACUAUCGUCGGUAAUUCUGAGUAGUGAAGCUGAAAGAAUCCUGGAGAAUGCAAAGAAACGGCUCACGCUCAUGGAAGGUAAUCUGACUCGGGCUCGGUCUUCAAUGCGGGCAUCGCCAUCACUUUCAGCGUCGCCAACACCGUCCCCUGGUCCCCAAGCAAUGGGGCUGGGUCAACCAGUUGGCGGCUUGUAUCAAUCGAUCUCCCGUGCGGAUCGCAGAGCAUCGACUCGUCCUCGUGCGACAUAUACCUCAUCCCAGGACACUAGUAACAAUCGUCAUUCCCGGGUGUAUAGCGAAACGCGUUUGCCGUCAGUAGACCAAUCGAGUCUGCCAACUGUCGAACCAGACCUGUCCAGGUCCCUCAGUGCUCUAGGAUCGAGCAGCGUCUCGAACUUCAACAAUGAUGAGCGAACAUUCCGUUAUGAUCCAAGCAGAGCCUAUCUUACGCACCGUGCCUCUGUGUCAAAACCGCACUCCGCUCGUGCUUCUCCCUCGAACUUGCAGGAAGACUGUUCUGGUUCACCUAGUGGGCUGGGCAUCUCAGCGGAAGAUACAGAGGAUCAUACCUUGGGCGCAGAAGAUCUUCAUUCGGUCUACCCUGUGUCUGAUCCUCCAUCUCGAUCCCAGUCGCAGCUGCAUGUGAGGGAUCUCCAAGAUCAGAUGAAGGGUCUGCACAUAAAGAUCUCCAGUCUAAAAGUGAAAGCACAAGAGGACAACUUACGUCGACGUAGCUUGCAGAGUCUGCGGACUCCCAGUCCUUUCACGGCGGCAGAUCAGUACUUCACCAAUACAAUGGAGUUAAGAGACAGUCAACUACGACCGAAUGCGGGACGGAGUCCGGAUCCUACUCAAGAGCCCCAACGUAGUGGAGAAUACAAACACGCGCGAGAUGGCAACGAGGCUGUCACUAGCCAUUCCGGAAGCGAGAUACCUAAUGCGAAUGCAAAACCCCCGCAACCAAAGGUCAUCGAACCUGUGGACGAAGAUGGGCGGUCGGUCAUUGAGAGCCUGUAUGAGGAUGCAGAGGAAGGCGAAUACAAUUCCGACGACUCGUCUGACAUUGAUCGUGAAGCCCUGAGCGAGAUCUUGCGCGAGCCUCUGGAGGAAUAUGACGACCUGGAUGCAUUUCCAGCGGUCCCAAAUUCUGACUCUCGACCUCAUGAAGAACGUGAAGAUGCAUUUGACUACGAGAAUUUCAUCCUUCACAGCGCCCUAGGCAAUUAUUCGGCUAGGUUAAGGCGAACAAGUAAUGUCUCAACUUCGUCUGUCGAAACAACGCGGCCUAUCCAUGAUCGUCCUCACGUCCGUCACUCUCGCACGAACAGCGGGGCAUCCCUGUCCACCGUAGCAUCGUACGAAACUGCAACUGAAGGAGACCAUGACGACCUUGAGAGUGUCCUUUAUUGGGACAGGAAAUUUAAUGAUGGGUCUGAGUCAGAGAUGGGAACGCCUCGUGCGGUCCGAAGACAGCCGAACAGCCGGAGCAAUGAGGAGGAAUAUCUUUCGACUCCCCGACAAUCUAUGACUGGGUCUGCAACUCCGACAUCUCUGGUGUCCUCCCUUGUAUCCACUGUGCGAGCGGCGUCUAGUCCCCACCCCAAGUCCGUGGCCAAUGGCAACAUGGGAAUCAACGAGGAUGACACGCGCCUCUUAGAGCAGUUGUUCAAGAGUUUGGGCGAUGUUUGCAUGGAUCUUCAGACAAUUACGACCUCCUCCGAUCCAGAUCCUAAGCGCGUGCGUCAAUUGAGGCGGCGAUUGGAUGCUGCUCGCCGUGUGCUUGAUGGAGAGCUCGAUACCUGGUCCCAAAGGCCCAGAGUUGACGGUGCUUUCUAG